GCUUUGUCUCGAUACUUUGGUGCUGCUGACAUACAGUGGCAGCGCAGCUCAAGUCAUUUAGUUAUUUUUCUGUCUGAAUUUAAGAAUUUUUGUUUUUGUUUGUCAGAAUAAUACUAAUACGGUUAAUACAAAAUAAUAAUUCUGGAGAGCUGACGGCACAUUGAAGAAAACGGCAGAGAAACGCGAGGAAAGCAGCAGCAGCAGCAGCAGUGCACGCAGAGAUUGACUUCCCGCCGCGCAUAGUGAUAGUAUUAUGGAAAAAGGAUGUUCAGUUGCUAGCAGUAAUUGUGAAAGUGCCGAGGACGACGCUCAGCAGGAAAGGAGCAGCAGCAGCCGAACUGGAAGCCACCAACUAAAGCCGCUAACACCUCAAGAAGCAUCACAGCCACAGCGACAUCCACAGCGACAUCCACAGCCAAAGCCAAGCACUAGCCAAGCGAGAUUAAUAGUAGCUGAAUCUAUGUCCAAGUUGAGGGAAGACGUGGAGGACUGUGUCUCUUCAAAUUCGCAACAUGGCUUUGCCGUCGUGCUCGAUGAUGAGUCCAGUACCGAGACGGGCGUCCUGGAAACGUACGAGAUAAGCUCUUCCAAUUCACUGCCCACCAGCACGGGAGGCGGGGCUGCUUCAACAGUGGGCGUUGUGGUGCCAGUCGACGAUAGCUCCUCGACAGAUACACUCAAUGGCAACGAGAACGGACGCAGCGAGGAUGAUGCCGCCUCCGAGGAGCGCAAUUCCGUUUUCUUCAAUGUCAACGAUACAGAGCCGCCCGUUGUAUGCCUUAUAAACGAUGACGAUGAUUUCGAUGAGGAGGAAAUUGUCGAGGAGGAAGACGACGACGACGACGACGACGAGGAGGAGGAGGAGGUGGAGGUGCGCUCCAUGCCCACAGACUGCCCCAACAAUACAUCACAGAUCGAUGGCAGCGCCGGCAUCGGUUGCACCGCUGACGGCAUCAUCACAACAGCCGAUGGCUCCAAAAUAUUCCUGGAGACACCUGUUGUUGACGAACCGCAAUCACAUACUCAUGCCAGCGUCACGGCCGGCAAUCCGGCUGCCGCAUCCGAGCAGCUGCUCGCAGGCAAACCAAAGCGGCUCAGCGAUGAAUUCGAGGCGGAGGAGCAGAACGUCCCGCCCCAAGGAGUUAAGGCUGAAACGGAAUGCGGACAGGCGGAUGUGGCUAGCAGUUCGCUGCACGACAGACAAAUGUCCGUGCGGCUCAAGCAGAUGAGCCUGACGGCCAGCGCCGAGGCGACGGCAGCCGCCAGCUCGACCAACAGCCACAGCUCGAGCACCUUAAGCCAGGCGGACAUUGACUCCAUGGAUCGCAUCGAGCGUCGCGACUUUGAGACCGAACAGCGACUCACCGGCGGCAUUAUACUCGGCACAAGUUCGCUGAUAAGCAAAAAUCGCCUCAAUCUAAGUCUGAUCAAUCGUGCCGCGGCAGCAGCAGCAGCUGGAGCUGGAGGAGGUGCAGCAACAGCUGGAGCUGGCGGCGGCAGCGAUGAUUGGCCCAGCAGCAGCCAGGCGCGCGCCUUCUCCUCGGACAGCAAGUGCACGUACAAGGAUCUAUCGACGACGCCGACGAGCAGCCGCAAGUACACGAACAGCCGACUGAGCAAGUCCACUGCCAAACUUAAUUUGGGCUCAACGCUGGAUUAUGCUAUUGCCGCGUGCCCGCAGCACAGUUCCAGCACCAAUUCCAAGCUGCCCUUUGUGGUACUCGUCAAGUCGUCCAGCGUUAACAGCAGCGGCAGCGGGAGCAGCAGCAGCAGCAGCAACGCGUCCACUUCCACCACCAAUCGCACAGAUGUCUACACGAGCACCAACUCGAAUGACAACCUGAACGCCUCCGCGACAAGCUGUCAGCAGCAGCAGUCGGACAAGGAUGCAGCCGCGCCACUGGCCACAUCCUUCAGCUCGGUGGGCUCACAGACGAGUCAGGAGUCAGGCUGUAGUCGCACCAGCGUGCUGGCCAAGUCGCUGGACGUGGAUGCACAGCCAUCGACCUCGGCCACAUCGACCACAUCCUCGGCGCGUUGCCAUUACGCAGCGGCAACUGUGAAGGCGGCCACAAGACAGGUGAAUGCCAGCGCCCAGACACAGGAACGUUUUCUGGCACGCAGCGGACUAGCAGCUGGCGGCAAUAACAACAACAAUCGGCCUCGUCGCCGCAUUGAAGCCACACGCAACAGCGCCAAUGAUGCCAUUGUUCUGGGCAUUGUUGUCGAGGAGAAUCCCAAUAAUGGUGACAACGGCGGUGGCGGCGGCGGUGGAGGAGGCGGCGGUGGAGGAGGCGGCGGCGGUGGCGUUGUCGAGCCGGGUGACUUUAGUGCCGAGGAGCCAUGGGGUAAUUGCGAUGAGGAGAACAACUGUUCCGAUUUGGAGGAGAUUUGCACAUGCCAGAACAGCAUCUUGGCCACGAGUCGCAGCGGCAGCAAUGCCAGUCUUAGCGAAGCCCUCGACAUGGACGCCAUGGAUAGCUAUCACGACGAAGCCGUUGCCAGCUCCGACUGUGUCCAACAGCAGCAGCAGCAGCAACAACAACAACAACAGCAGCAGCGCAAACGCAAAUACAACGAGGGGCGUAUGCUGGAUGGUGACUAUUCCAUGAGCAUAACGGGCAGCGGGGGCGCAGCUGGCGGCGGCCUGGGCAGCAUUGCCGGAACGGGCGAUAAUAGCCGUAAGCGGAUUGCCUAUGAUUUUGCCUCAACACCGCGCUCCUCAACCCAGCAGCCCUUAGGCAAUGCCGUGAUGCUCACGAUGACGCCAACGACAACGACGGGCGUCGGCCUGGUGGGCAGCUCGCCGGCGCUGGGUCGGCGUACGCCGCGUGCCCUGAUGCCGACACGCGACAAUCCGCCGCCGGAGCUGCAGCAUUGGCUGGCGCAAUUCCAGCGCUGGUCCCAUGCCGAACGGCUGCUGGCCGUGGAUCGUCUGAUCGAUCAUUGCGAUCCCUCGCAGGUGCGUCACAUGAUGAAGGUCAUCGAGCCGCAGUUCCAGCGCGAUUUCAUAUCGCUGCUGCCGCGCGAACUGGCGCUAUUUGUGCUCUCAUAUCUGGAGCCGAAGGAUUUGUUGCGCGCCGCACAAACCUGCCGCAGCUGGCGUUUCCUUUGCGACGACAAUCUGCUGUGGAAGGAGAAAUGCCGCAAGGCGCAGAUCUUGACAGAGACGCGCAGCGAUCGGCCCAAGCGUGGACGCGAUGGCAAUAUGCCGCCGAUUGCGUCACCCUGGAAGGCGGCGUACAUGCGACAGCACAUCAUCGAGAUGAACUGGCGUUCACGGCCCGUCCGCAAGCCCAAGGUGCUCAAGGGUCAUGACGAUCAUGUCAUCACCUGCCUACAGUUCUCCGGCAAUCGCAUUGUGUCCGGCUCCGAUGACAAUACGCUUAAGGUUUGGUCUGCGGUCAAUGGCAAGUGCCUGCGCACCUUGGUGGGUCACACGGGCGGCGUUUGGUCCUCGCAAAUGUCCGGCAAUAUCAUUAUUUCCGGCAGCACGGAUCGCACGCUCAAGGUGUGGGACAUGGAGAGCGGCAGCUGCGUCCACACGCUCCAGGGACACACCUCAACGGUGCGCUGCAUGCAUCUGCAUGGCAACAAGGUGGUCAGCGGCUCGCGGGAUGCUACGCUGCGUGUUUGGGACAUUGAGCUGGGCACGUGUCUGCAUGUGCUGGUGGGUCAUCUGGCGGCGGUUCGAUGUGUGCAAUACGAUGGCAAGCUGAUCGUGUCCGGUGCAUACGAUUACAUGGUCAAGAUCUGGCAUCCCGAGCGACAGGAGUGCCUGCACACGCUGCAAGGACACACGAAUCGCGUCUACUCCUUGCAGUUUGAUGGCCUUCAUGUGGUCUCCGGCUCGUUGGAUACCUCGAUACGUGUUUGGGAUGUCGAGACGGGCAAUUGUAAGCACACGUUGAUGGGCCACCAAAGCCUCACGUCCGGCAUGGAGCUGCGCCAGAACAUACUGGUCUCCGGCAAUGCCGACUCCACCGUCAAGGUCUGGGACAUAACAACGGGACAGUGCCUGCAGACGCUAUCGGGUCCCAAUAAGCAUCAGUCCGCGGUCACCUGCCUGCAGUUCAAUUCGCGCUUUGUGGUGACCAGCUCCGAUGAUGGCACCGUCAAGUUGUGGGACGUCAAAACGGGCGACUUUAUACGCAAUCUGGUGGCACUCGACUCCGGUGGUUCCGGCGGCGUUGUCUGGCGCAUAAGAGCGAACGACACGAAGCUGAUAUGCGCCGUGGGCUCACGCAAUGGCACGGAGGAGACAAAGCUUAUGGUAUUGGACUUUGAUGUGGAGGGCGCUUGUGUCAAGUGCUCAUAGGAACAGUGCCAGGAACAGUUCCAGUUGCAGUUCCAGUUGCAUUUCCAUAUGCAAACUGUUUGCAAAAGAUGGCGCCAGCUGCUCUAUGUUAUGAUAAACGCGAAUGCCGCUAAAACGCUUUAGCGAGCAGCCGGAAGCGAUAUCACACACACACAUACAUUCACACAAACACACCCAUAUAUAUAUAUAUACCCACACACUCUCACACACACACACACACACACUUACAAAGAGGACGCGUCUAUCUGUCAUGCAUAAUCAGAAUGUUAUCGUCGCUUGCCUUGCCAACAAAUGCAGCUGCUCACACACACACAAACACACACACACAUAUAUACACCACGAACACACACACACACACAUGGGAGUUGAGAGUUGUGAGUGUUAAAAGUUUUCAAUUGCGUUGCUUUUAUAUAGCCAAAAUUUGUUUUCCACAAAAUAGCAUAAUUUUUGCUUCUUAGUUCUUAUUGAUUAUAAAAAACGUGCAUACACAUACACAUCUUUAUAUACAUAUAUAUAUAUAUAUAUAUGUGCCUAUAUAUAUAUAUAUAUUGCAUUGAAAGUCGAAUACUUAGGGUACAUAUUGUGUAAUAUGUAAUAUUAACUAUAUACGUAUUAUGCAUAUACAACAUAUACAUACAUACAUACAUAUUUUGUUCCGUGUCGAAUGAACCGAAAAACGUUUUAUGAAAAAA